AUGCUUCCGUCGAUUCUAAAUACAUUCACCAUCCAUGGUCCAAACGGAGAACACACUUGCAAUGUUACCUCUCCCGCAAGGGCUAGCCUCUCCGACUUGAAAGAUGGAUCAUGGGUCCGCUUAUUUCAGAUUAAUGUAGCCCGGGCUUUGGCUGCACAACUAGUUCUGGCGGUGGACUAUGUGCAUGCCCGAGGGUUCAUCCACGGAGACCUUCACAUGGGCAAUGUCCUGCUCAAAUCGCCACCCAGCUUUGAUCAACUCUCACCCGAAGAAAUAUAUGAGAAGUACGGAGCACCUGAGCUAGACCCUGUGGUUCAUCUAGAUGGCAAACUGCUUCCUCCUGGUGUUCCAUCCCACGGUAUUGCACCCAUCUGGCUUGGAGCACCAAGCGAGAAAAUCACACUUCCAGAGGCAAGAAUCCUACUUACAGACUUUGGCGAGGCCUUUUCCCCCAAAGAAGCAAAGUCUGAAUCUCACACUCCGCUUGUCAGUCGUCCUCCUGAAGCUCGCUUUGAACCAAAUAGACCACUGUCAUUUUCAUCAGACAUAUGGUCUCUUGCCUGCACCAUUUGGACUAUUAUUGCUCAGAGGCAACUUUUCGAAGGAUUUCUCGCAACGGAAGACUACAUGACCCGUGAGCAUGUAGACACUCUAGGUAUCUUGCCUCCCGAAUGGUGGAAGAGAUGGGACGCGCGACCAGACAAUUUUACCGAGGAUGGGAAGCCAACUAAGCGGAAUCCAUAUCGCUCUUGGGAUGAUCGAUUUGAGGAUAGUGUGCAGCUGCCUAGACAGGAAGUAGGAACGCCUUUGUUUGAUGCAGAAGAGAGAGAUGCUAUCUUUGCGAUGUUGCGGCCGAUGUUUGCUUUUAGACCGGAACAUCGAAGCACGACGAAGCAAAUUCUUGAAUCGGAGUGGAUGGUGAAGUGGGCUUUGCCGGAGUAUGAGAAGAUUCGAAAAGGUGACUAG